AUGAAAGAAAAUCAAUUAAAAACUGCAUCUGAAUUAAAUCAAAUUUCAUCUCGGGAAUUAGGACGAACAAGUAAAAUAUUUGAAACAAGUAGAGAGCGUCAAUCAACAUUAAAUGGUACAUGUACAAUUGCAUCAGCAUUUUUAACUUAUCUUGGUCCAUGGAUAUAUGGAUUUCAACGUCUUAUGUUAACUGCUCAUUGGAUUUAA